AGAAAAAGAGCAGCUGUCACUGAGAAAAACGGUAUGAUCCAAGAAACAAAACCGGAGUACCGAGAUGCUAUCACCAUAACCAAGGAAGAAGGUGGGCACGAGUCUAAGCUUGCAGUGGAAGACAAACCCGAGCUUGGUCAUGACCAGUCCUCUGAACCACAACAAACUCAUGAAGCCGAGAUGACAGAUGAGGGAACUAUGGCUGAGGAUCAAGCCUAUGAAGGCAUGGCAGAGGACCAAACCUAUGAGGGUGAUGACCCGAAUGGUGAGUAUUAUUACGAGCAAGGAUAUGAAGAAGAUGGGGAAUACAAUUACGAAGAAGGUGAGAAUGCAGAAGAGGAUUAUGCAGGAGGAGUGGAUGUGGAAGGAGGGGAAGCAGGAGAAGAAGAUGGUGGCAAUGAGUUUGCGAAGAAGAUAGAUGUCAUGUUGUGAUAUAUAAACAAUAAAGAAGAAGCUUUGGUGUGGUGAAGCUUGUUCCUUGGAGGAGAGAUUGGUUAUGAUGUUGUGAUGUAAAAAAAAUUGUAACCUUUUUCACUGCAACGUUGACAGGAACUUCAACGAGUUUUUAGAGACAUUGUUCUGUAGUGUGUCUUGUCUUGGAGUUAGAGUUAUGGCAGAAAAUGUUUAACGCAGCUUGUAGAAGAAAGAAAUGAAACGUACCUUGAUUUA